GCGCAACAAGAAAAAAAACUUUAAAAUGUCAAAAUCAAAACAACAAUUUGUUUACUUAUUUUAACCUUUAAAAUAGAAAAUUAUCCAGCGAUAAUGAGCACCUAUCCUCAACAUGGAGACAUUGGGAAGACUGGCCAUCCGACCGACCCGAAAAGUAAUGUCGCUAAAUUCGGCGGAUACGACCCUGACAAAUAUGCUAUAGCCAAUGUAUCCAGAACCAUUGCGACGAACGAGUGCUUGACACCAGGACGUCCACCUCAGUUGACCCAGUGUUGCAUUGGAAAAUAUUUGGUACCACUUACAAAAAGUCUAACGGAAGUGCCAGCAAGGCCGACAAUUAGCGAACUUCCGGAUGCAGUGAUAGAUCAGAUGGUGAAAAAAGACAAGGCAUUCUGGGUGGAUAAGCCAGGCAUCAAUGACUACACCAUACAUGAUUCUUACGUUGAGUACGGGAUAGUUACAGAAGUGGUGCAACCAACCCCUCAGAAUGUAUUUCCUCGUUCGUACCAAUACGACCUGGACUGCGUCAAGUACCGCAGAACGCGUGCUUGUGAUGCCCUCAAAGAAAAAGAUGGAAAAAAACCUCUUAGCGCCCACUGUCGCGACUGUGGCAAACUGCACAUACCGCCCUUGACGCCAUUCCAACUGGCGUGGGCCAAGGAUCCAGGACAAAAGAGAUGGAGAGAUUAUCCAGACUUGACUGCCACCCUGACGCGCCAAGAAAUUCGAGCCUCGAUGGAUAAUGUUGGACGUCCAUUUCAAAACGAAGCAUGCAACUGGUACUACAAGAACUACCCUCCGUUUAAGUACGAAUGUAUAGUCCGCAAAUUCUCUAGUUAAUUGAUUUUUGUACAAUUUUUUUAUAUUAAUAACAUUUAGCUGGAUAAAGAAAAAAAAUGUAAUAAACUUAUAAAUAAAGAGCUGUAAUAAACUUAUA